AUGACGAGCUCUGGAUUCCUGGGACCGAGGACUUCCUUCAGAAAAGUACCGUAUGGAAAAGAGGGGAAAAGAUUAACUUCGGUGGGGAAACCCAAUAAACGCUACCUCAACCGGAUGAUCAAGGUCAGCAUCAACAGAGGGAUCAGCAGUGUGAAUCAGCUGGGGGGGCUCUUUGUGAAUGGCCGGCCUCUGCCCCUGGACACCCGGCAGCAGAUCGUGCAGCUGGCCGUCAGCGGGAUGCGGCCCUGUGACAUCUCACGGAGCCUUAAGGUAUCUAAUGGCUGUGUGAGCAAGAUCCUAGGGCGGUACUACCGCACAGGUAUCUUGGAGCCCAAGGGGACUGGGGGAAGCAAGCCACGCCUGGCCACACCACCUGUGGUGGCUCGAAUCGCCCAGCUGAAGGGUGAGUGCCCAGCCCUCUUCGCCUGGGAGAUCCAACGCCAGCUCUGCGCUGAAGGGCUUUGCACCCAGGACAAGACCCCCAGUGUCUCCUCCAUCAACCGAGUCCUGCGGGCGAUACAGGAGGACCAGAGAUUCCCCGGGGCACAGCUCAGGUUGCCAGCUGUUUUGGCUCCAGUUCCUCCAACGCCACCUAGCGGCUCCGAGGCACCCCGGGGUCCCCACCCAGGGACAGGCCACCGGAAUCGGACGAUCUUCUCCCCAGGCCAAGCUGAGGCGCUGGAGAAAGAGUUCCAGCGUGGGCAGUACCCUGACUCAGCGGCCCGCGGCAAGCUGGCCACCGCCACCUCUCUGCCUGAAGACACGGUGAGGAUCUGGUUUUCCAACCGAAGAGCCAAAUGGCGCCGACAAGAGAAGCUCAAGGGGGAAAUGCGGUUUCCAGGUGCUUCCCAGGACCUGACUGUACCAAGUGCCUCCCCAGGGACCAUCUCUGCACAGCAACCCCCCGGCAGUGUGUCCACAGCGGUCCUACCUGCCCUGGCAUCCUUGGCUGCCUCCAGCUAUCCGCGGUUCUGGGGGACAGCAUCAGACAGAUGUCUGAGAGACACUCCACCACAAGCCUGUCUCAAGCCCUGCUGGGGCUACUUGCCCCCCACAGCCGAGCUCCCUGGAUUCACUCCUGCUUUGCCAUCCUUGCCGUUCCUUCCUCUGCCCCCAUCGCCAGUCUUGGUACCCAUCAGGUCUCGCUCUGGCCUGGCUCCCCACUUCGAGGCCUGGGAUGAGGGAGGCGGUCCAGAGUGGAAAGGAGAUGGGAUGGGAAGGAUCUGA